UCCUCCUUCCUACCUCCCUCCUGCCAGCAAUGAUUUGGCAAGUUGGAAGUGAAUAAUUUCACUUUCUUUUUAUAGAAAGUAAACAUUUUGUAUUGAUUUUAAAACCAUUUCUAUAUUUGUAUAUAAUAUAAUAUAUCAUUAAUGUAAUUUAGUAUUUGUUAUUCGUUGACAAUUCGCGUUGUUUUAACGUUCGCAGUAUGUCCAACGCCACUGUGAACAUCAAGUUCCGCCAUGGCCUGACGGCGUCGGAUCCUGAGCGGCAGCCGGUGCUGGUGGUGGGGCAAGUGGCCCAUCUGGACAGUCUGACAUGGCAUGACGUCCGGUGCAAGCUAGAACCUAGGGUCACAGAAGAGGCGUGGCGGCGCGGCGUGGCGUGCGUGUCGGCGUCGCCGGGCGACUGCGUGGAGCUGUGGCCGCGCGCGGCGGCGCUGGCCGCGCUGCCGGCCCGCCGCUCGCGCCACGCCGCGCCCUCGCGCUGCCACGCGCUGGCCAAGCUCGUCCGGGGGCUGCAGCGCUCCACCGACGAGUUCAUCGUGCUGGUGUGCCGCAAGCGCGACGUGUACGCGAGCUGCGUGAGCAUCGCGCGCUCGUUCCCGCUGUACAGCGCGCGCUCCGGCGCCGCGCCGCUCGCCGCCGCGCCGCCGCCGCGCACGCGCACCGUCGCCGUCGAGAUACUGCUCGUCCGCCGCACGCCAGACGGUGAUGGGUCUGAUGACGAUGAUGACGGUCCCGUCGAUCCCUACCUGCUGGACAACACGUUGUCAUCCGAAGACUUGGCGACGUUGCAAGACGCUGCGGACGCGACUCGUUUGGCUGCUCGUAUUGCGGACACUCCAGCCAAUAUUAUGAAUGUGGAUAAAUUUAUCGAAGAAGCUUGCCAAGUAGCGAAGGAUUUAGAACUGGCCGAGCCGACCAUCAUCCGAGGCGAGGAGCUGCGGGCGCGCGGCAUGGGAGGCCUGUACGGCGUCGGCCGCGCUGCGGCCUGCCCCCCGGCGCUGGUCGCGCUGCACUACCGGCCCGCCGCCGCCACCCGGACCGUGGCCUGGGUCGGCAAGGGCAUCGUCUACGACACCGGCGGUCUCUCCAUCAAGGCCAGGACGUCGAUGGUGGGUAUGAAGGGCGACUGCGCGGGUGCAGCUGCGGUGCUGGGCGCGUUCGCGGCCGCCGUGCGCGCGCGUCCCUCCAUCGCACUGCACGCCGUGCUCUGCCUCGCAGAGAACGCGGUCGGACCACUCGCCACCAGACCGGACGACAUUCACCAGCUGUACUCCGGGCGCACCGUCGAGAUUAAUAACACAGACGCUGAAGGUCGGCUGGUGUUAAGCGACGGCGUGGUGUACGCGUCGCGCGACCUCCGCGCGGACGUCAUCGUCGACGUCGCCACGCUCACCGGCGCUCAGGGCACGGCGACGGGCAAGUACCACGCGGCGCUGGUGUGCAACCGCGGGCGGCUGGAGGCGCGCGCGGCGGCGGCCGGGCGCCGCGCCGGCGACCUGGCGCACGCGCUGCCCUUCGCGCCCGACCUGCACUUCGCAGAGUUCAGCAGCGCCGUCGCCGACAUGAGGAACAGCGUCGCGGACCGCAACAAUGCGCAGCCGUCGUGUGCUGGACUGUUCAUCCUGGCGCACCUCGGGUUCGACUUCCCGGGCGACUGGCUGCACGUCGACAUGGCCGCGCCCGCACAUUCGGGUGAACGCGCGACCGGAUACGGCGUGGCGCUACUGAGCGUGCUGUUCGGCGAAUACACGAACAGCAAGCUGCUGCGGGCGCUGUGCCCCCCCUCCUCGCCCUCCUCGCCCCCCACACCCGCCGCAGCCGCCGCAGCCGCCGCAGCCGCCGCGCCGGCACCCUCGCCCGACUCCUGAGUCACCAGCACCACGCCGCUGCGAUAGCCUGACUACGCAAGGAAACUAUUCCAGCUAGUCGACGACAGUGUGGUUGGUGUAGCAGGAUUGGCUGAUCGCGUUACCAUCUCCUCCCUUGCUGUUACCAAGCAAGCGAUCAAUGGUUCAAAUCUCAUAAUGUUAACCACAAUAAUACCAUAGCAAAUAAUUUUUAUCAAAUACAAGAUACGACAACAUAACCUUCAAGAAAAGAGUAUAUUCCUUUUUAAAAGGCCGGCAGAACACCUGCAAUGCCGUUGGUGUUGUGUGUGAUCAUGGGUGCGGUAAUAAUUGUUCGCAGUACAGGACAACCCCCCACUAGAUGGAGUGACGACCUGAAAUGCAUUGCAGGGAUGGCAGUGGAUGCAGGUGGCUCAGGACCGUUCUAUAUGGCAGUCUCCAUAGAAUCCCCCAUGGGAGGCUUAUGUCCAGCAGUGGACGGAUAAUGGCUGAAAUGAAAUGAAUGAAUUAAUAUAAUUAUUAUAGUAUCAAAGUAAAUAAAAACUUUAGAUAUAAAUUAGAUUAAACAACUUCUCAAGUUCAAUGUUUAAAUGGUUUGUUUUUAUGAGAAUUGAGCCCAUGAAUGCGCGGUGUAUCAGGCCAUGGAGGCGGGAAUUUAUAUGAUAUUGCAUGUAAGAAAAAUAUUUCAAAUAAACAUUUAGUACCUACAUUAAAAUUAUUUAAAAAUAAUAAGCGAAUUUUUUUAUUUGCAUUUAAAUAUAUGUAACAACUGCAUUGUUUUUUUUUUUAUAUUAAUUUUUGUCUGGAAAUAAAGCUCAAACGAGCCCAGUUAACUUUGAUUAAAUAUCUUUUUUUUUUAUAAUUACUCCUCUCCAUCCAAAGGUUGCCUGGAAGAGAUCACUCUUAGCGAUAAGGCCGCCCAUUGUUUUCUCAUUGUGAUUAUUUCUUGUAAUUAUUUAUAUCUAUGAUAAGUUUACUAUUGUAAUCUUUUGGAGGAAACAAUAAAGAGUAUCUAUCUAUCUAUCUAUUUUGGAAAUAUAACUGUAUUUUCACUCAUGUUAAUAUUUGAAAUUUCGCUGAUUAUUUUUAAAAUAUACAAUUAUAUAGUAUUAAGUAAUAAUAACUUGCUAGUUUAGUAGUUAUUGAACAAAAUACA